AUGAGCUCAGUGCUGUGGAGCCAGGAGAAGCCUGGCGGGGGCUUCAGGGAAGACUGGCGCUUCUAUAUGGUGGUGAAGGAGUGCACGGUGGAGAAGCCCCCCCAAAAGACCCUGUGGAUUCCUCGGGGCAGCCUAGGCCAGGCAUGCCAGGAACGUAACAGCAUGGGCCGCACUCUGCCGCCGUGCAAAGGGAAGAAAAGCCUACGCAUUCUGGAUCAGAUCAACGUGGUGCUGAGCCUGGAUGAGCGCGACGUCCUGGAGGUUGACGAAAAACUGGCAGAGCUGCUCUUUCCCAUCACCAACUGUGAGGAACGAUACGCUCUGUUGUGCAACAAGUCACGGCUAGAGCGUGUGCGCGACAUUGACUGCGGCUCAAAGGUGCGUGUCCAGCUGCGCUCUGGGGACGAAUCUCUGCCUGGUGUGGUGCGUUUCAAGGGUUCUCUGAUGCCUGACAGAGCCCUCUCUGGAAUUCUCUUUGGCGUCGAGUUACUGGAGGAGGGUCGAGGCCAGGGCUUCACGGAAGGCUCUUUCCAGGGCCGCCAGCUGUUCCGCUGCGAGGAUGAAUGCGGGGUCUUCGUGGCAUUGGAUAAGCUUGAACUGUGGGAGGAUGAUGAUGAGGAUGAAGAUGACUUGGGUGAGCUGGAUGUAGAUCAUGUCACCCUGGUGGAGGAGGACCAGGACUACCCACCACUGGAGAUAAACUCCAGGGUCCUGGUGCAGACCCGAGAGGGACCUGAAAGAGGCACCAUCAUUUUUUGUGACUUGCUGCCGGGUAACGAGAGCUUGGGUUACUACGUCGGUGUUGACAUGGACAAGCCUAUAGGCGAGUGGGACGGAAUGUUUGAUGGGAAGCUGCUGUGUAACUUUGCCAGUUUGGAGCACACUCGACUUGUCCCCAUCUGUGACGUAAUGCCAGCAUUAUCUGACAGAAUUGCAGGGGACCAAAGGCUGCAAAAGCACACUUUUGCUCCCAGAGGCAACAGCAACGACAAGUCAUCCUCUGGCCAAAGCAAACCGAAGAGCAAAGGAUUAGCUCACCAGUGUGGCAGUAGGAGCAAGUCUGAGUUUUACUAUACUUUAAAUGGCAGCUCUGUUGACCCACCAGUGCAGUCCAAAUCCAAAAGCACAUGGUACAUUGACGAAGUUGGGGAAGACCCAGCAAAGUCUCUUACUGAAACACCCCCUGACUUCAACGAUUCCCCCCCGCCCGCUAGGGUUCCGCCGGCUGCCUCGUUAGCCAGUGACAACAAGUUCCAUUCGCUACCCUUCAGCCUGAACCGCAAGAGCGGGCCCAUGGACAACAUGAGUCACGGGCCACUUUCUCUAUCCGUCCAGUCGGUAAUGGGGGAGCAGGCCGAGGUACCGUCACCCACCACCCCCUCCUCGCCACGGCCUGCAACACCUACCAGAGGGCAACCCGGUCUGGAGGUGGGCUCCCUGGUGGAAGUGAAGGAAAACCCCCCUCUGUGUGGAGUUAUCCGCUGGGUGGGUCUUCCUCCAGGCUUGCUGGAACCGUUGGCUGGGCUGGAGCUGGAAGAGGAGUGCCCUGGUUGCACUGAUGGCACCUUCAAAGGUACGCGCUACUUCAAUUGCCCCCCUAAGAAGGCCCUCUUUGUGAAGCUCAAGUGCUGCCGGCCAGACUCCCGGUUCCCGUCGCUGCAUCACUCCGCAAACCCCAUCGAACGCUGCAACUCUAUCGCUUUCGGGGGUUACUUAAGCGAAAUCGUACAUGAGAAUACCCCGCCUCGUAGCGAGACAGAUGGCCUAGACGUCAUGGUCGGCAAGAAGAAAGGCAUCCAGGGCCACUACAACUCCUGCUACUUGGAUUCAACCCUCUUCUGUCUCUUUUCCUUCAGCUCUGUACUGGACACAGUUCUGCUUAGGCCACGCUCCAAGACGGACGUGGAGUAUUACAGAGAAACCCAAGAGCUAUUACGCACUGAAAUAGUCAACCCCUUGCGCAUACAUGGGUAUGUAUGUGCCACCAAAGUUAUGAAACUCAGGAGGAUCCUGGAGAAAGUCGAAGCUGCGAGUGGUUUCACUUCUGAAGAAAAAGAUCCUGAAGAGUUCCUCAACAUAUUGUUCCAUCAUAUACUGCGGGUGGACCCUUUGCUCAAACUAAGGUCGGCGGGACAGAAGGUGCAGGACUGCUAUUUUUACCAGAUAUUCAUGGACAAAAAAGAUAAGGUCGGAGUUCCCACCAUCCAGCAGCUCUUGGAGUGGUCUUUCAUCAACAGCGACCUCAAGUUUGCAGAGGCUCCCUCCUGCCUUAUCAUCCAGAUGCCACGCUUUGGCAAGGACUUCAAAAUGUUUAACAAGAUUUUCCCCUCGCUGGAGUUAGACAUCACAGAUCUUCUGGAAGACACUCCCAGGGAAUGUCGUAUCUGCGGAGGCCUGGCCCUCUUCGAGUGCAGAGACUGCUAUGACGACGGUGACAUCACGGCAGGCAAGAUUAAGCAGUUCUGUGAAAAGUGCAAUACGCAGGUCCACCUCCACCCGAGGAGAAAAAGUCAUCGGCACGGCAAGCUGUGCGUCCCCAAGGAGCUGCAAGACGGUGGCGGGCACCAGGGCACGUUCCCACGCCAGACGAUGGAGCUGUUCGCCGUGCUGUGCAUCGAAACCAGUCACUACGUGGCCUUCGUCAAGUAUGGCAGUGCCGCCUCCGCCUGGCUCUUUUUCGACAGCAUGGCCGACCGAGACGGAGGCCAGAACGGCUUCAACAUUCCGCAGGUGUCACCGUGCCCCGAGGUGGAGGCCUACCUGAAGAUGACGCCUGAGGAGCUGCACACGCUUGACCCCAAGAGCAUCCAAGGGCAAGCCCGACGGCUGCUGUGCGACGCCUACAUGUGCAUGUACCAGAGCCCUACUAUGAGCCUGUACAAGUAG